AUGAAGGGAAAGGAGAAGAAGGCACCUCUGGGUGCUAUGCCUAGCUACAGUGGUACUGGGAAAACGACUUUAUGGAAGAAUAAGAAGAAAUAUAUGCAAGCAGCCAUCGGAACGAGUGCGAUUUCAGGAUUCUUCUCGCGCGCUAAACAGUUGGCCUCCGAAUUUAAAGCGCCCACGCCAGAUUUGGCUAGUGGCAGUGGAUCUGCUUUGGCGCCCAUCGAUGUCGACACCGAUUCUGAUCCAGAAAUCAUUUCGGUCGAUGCAGCGCCGAGCACGAGCUCAAUCGAGCCGGACACAAGCCAUCCAGGCCCCGAAACGGUCGUUACGGCACCUAUGUCUGUGCCAGACUGUCAGUCCCAGGCUGUCAUCGAAGAAUUGCCUGCACCCAGCGCCGAGCCUGCGCCUCUUCCAGUCGAAGAACCGUCUUCAGCCGAGACUAUUGCAGUCCGGGAGUUGCUCGACAUAUCGAUGGAGUGGGAGCCAGCCCCAGCGCGACCGCCCUUGAGGGUAAUCUUGAUGAAGCUGAUUGCGGCUGCGAAAAAACACGGCGCUUAUUCCUCGCUUAUCAAGCUCAACAGUGUCAAAGAUUAUCUCAGCCUCGUUUACACCUACGAAAUGAACCCGCGCAUUAAGAAUCCUCGCACAAAAGCGAGUCUGGCAAUUGCAGCGAGGAUUGGGAAGGGGCCGGCCUUUGCACGUAAAAUCCGCGAACUUGCCAUUUACAUCGAUCGGUUCCACACCCUCCCACCACGUAACCGAGGCAAGCACCAUGCCCACCCAUCACUGUUGAACGAUGAACGAGUUUUUCAUGCGGUACGAAGAUAUUUGAGCGUUACGGCUGCAGGAGAGAUUACCCCACGCGAACUUGCCAACCAAGUAAACCAUGUCAUUAUCCCUGGCAUUGGUUUCGACCUUGAUGGAAAGACCAUUUCGGAACGUGGAGCUAUCCGUUGGUUGAUUAAGUUGGGUUACACCCUCUCAAACGUCAAGAAAGGCGUCUAUAUUGAUGGCCACGAGCGCCCAGAUGUGGUCAAGUCACGGAAAACCUUGCUUGACAGGCUUGCUGAAGAUGAACAUUUACGAUACACUUUUGACGACAAGACCCUUGAACCCAUACCACCAAAGCUCGGCCCUGGCGAGAAAUGUCACAUCCCUGUUUUUCAGGAUGAAAGUAUUUUUCGCACCAACGAUCUCCGUCAACGGGUUUGGGUAAAGACCAAGGGGCUCAAUGGCAACGCGCCAGCCCUGCCGCUCCGUAAAAAGGGUGCUGGGCGUUCCCAAAUGGUCUCGGAUUUUAUUGUCGAGCUAACUGGACAUUUAAAGCUCACCAAUGAGCUUAUUGAAGCUCAACGUCCCUUACCUGAAGGCCAACACAUCCCCGAACAAGCACGGGAGAUUAUUUACCCAGGGAAGAAUGCAGAUGGAUGGUGGGAUGCGAAACAGUUGAUUAAACAGGCCAUCCCGAUCUUCGAGGCACUUUUCCCAAAUGCCGUGGGCGAGUUCUUCUUUGAUCAGUCAACAGCCCAUGCCGCCCUUGCUCCAGAUGCACUCCGCGCUCACGAUAUGAAUGUCAAACCAGGGGGAAAGCAACCGAAAAUGCACGACACCAUUAUUCCCCACAGUAAUCCCAAUCCGGCACUCCGCGGUAUCGUACAGUCAAUGGUAUUUGACGAAGAUUUACCCCCAUCACAUCCAGACUAUGAACAUCGUGGGAAACCAAAGGGAAUGCGGCGGGUUUUGGAAGAGCGAGGGCUUUGGGACAUUUUGACAGAGAAAAACGGUGGUAAGGAGAUUCCCGGUACUUGCCAGACUUGCAAACUCUCGCAGAAAGAGCGCGAGAAGCGCGAAAAGGAAGCUGCAGAGGUUAUGGCAGGUCUGGACGAGCCCGAGGAAGCCGAUUCUGAUGACAUCGAGCUCAGUUCUGGUGUUGAACUGACAGGGGCAACAUGCUGCAUGCGGAAAGUCCUGUCGGAACAGGAGGACUUUCUCAAUGAAAAGCCGUUGCUCCAGGUCAUCAUCGAGAGAGCCGGUCACAAGUGUUAUUUCCUUCCCAAGUUCCACUGUGAACUGAAUCCGAUCGAGAUGCAGUGGGGUUGGGUCAAAGGCCGUUAUCGUGCACUGGCAGAUGGCAGCUGGCAACGCGCUAAAGAGCUCGUUCCCGCGCUCUUGGAUUCUAUCGAAAUUAAGACCAUUCGGGCGUUCUUCCGCAAGACCUGGAGGUACAUGGAUGCUUACCGACAAGGACUUAAUGCUGCUCAAGCCGAGUACGCUGUUAAGAAAUACAAAUCCCAUCGUAAGAUUGGGAAAAAGAUCUAUAAGAACGUCAAUAUGCUGUUCAAUUAA